AUGCACGGCAACGCUCAUCAAGUUGAUCGAUCCCUGACAACCGUCCGAAGUUCCGACAGGAUACAAUGUGCUUCUUCGAGUCAGGCUCUCUCCGAGUUCGCUCUACUGCCACCGGCACUCACGCCCACGGAAACUGAGCCGUUGCCAUCUGAAGAGCAGAAGAUCCUGUUUCACUCCUUGCAAACUUGCCUGCAAAGCGCCGAGGACCUAGAGCUUUCCGAGGCUAUCAAAGACAUCCCCGGUAUUCUUCAGAAGCUGUGGAUAUGCAGAUCCCAUUAUCUAGUAUCAGCCGCAGAGGCUUUGGCGAAUGGCAGCAGAGACCCAUUAUGGCGUGCCUCAUUUGGACAGACUGGAGUUCUAGACUUUUUCCUCCAACUCAUAGCGUCAAAGGAAAUUCUUGAUAACAAGCUCCUCCUCCAUGCGCUACGGCUAAUUGGCAAUUCCUGUGCCGACACUAACGAAAAUAGAGACACUGUAGUGAAAUAUAAUUAUACGUCUGCUAUUCUACUGCACUCGAGCAACCCUGAGCUUAUUCAAGUGGUCAUCCCUGUUCUGUACAACAUAUGCAUCGACUUCGGGCCCGCUCAGACUCAGUUAGCUGCUAAUAAGAUCGUGUAUAUCCUGCUGAGCUUGGUGAAAGAUGGCGCCCUCAGGGAUAACGAUGCUCUACUCGAUUACGUCUUCGAACUCAUCGAGUUGGAAACCCAGGCAUUAGCACAGUCCCGAUUGAAAAUCAAUCAAAUCCUCGCGGAAAUCUCCGCGUCGGCUUCAUUUGCGGAGUGCUAUCCCCUGAAUUCCCCUGUCACACAGUCUCUGAAGAUGUGGCUAACAUCGGAGGAGGACCAGCUGCAGAUAUGCGCCUGCGUUAUUCUGGGUAACUUGGCUCGAUCCGAUGAGAUCUGCGAAAAGAUGAUCCAAGACUUGAAAGUACAUGAAGAAUUGAUAUCAAUCCUCAAAAGUGAUGUUCGAGGCGCGGUCUUACACUCCGCACUUGGAUACCUCAAGAAUCUUGCGAUCGCUGGCAAUAACAGGCUAAUACUUGGAGAAGCUGGUAUCAUUCCGGCGGUUUCACGUCUAUGGCAAUACGAGUCGGUUCCGCAGGUUCAGUUCGCUGCAAUAAGCAUCGCCCGACAGGUAAUCGUAGCAGCGAUGGAUAAUAUAACUCGUCUGCUCGAGCGACUCCCCGCCGGUGAGAAUGACCCAACGAACGAACAGACGUAUCUGUCUUUGCUACUUGCGCUGUUCAAAAAGACCGAUUCAACCCCCAUCAAAACUGAGAUCGGACGAAUUGUAGCUUCCAUAUGCCGCACUCUGGUCCCCAAGUCUCGGGAGGAACAGCCUAUUGCUGUUGCUCUUGUCGAUAGAGCCUUUGACUUGCAUGAGGAUAUCUCACUGCCGGUUGGUGCUAUGAUCACUCAGUCGCAAUGGCCUGUUGUCCGGAGUGAAGGCUGGUUUGCCUUGGCUUUGAUGGCAUCCGAUAAAGCGGGAGCCGCGGCUGUUUCACGAUCCCUGCAAAAAAUGGAGAUUCUUCUGUUGCUCGAGGAGACGUUAUAUCCGAACCCCUCCGAACCCAUGGACGAGACCGAACAAGUGCAAGUACAGAAAGAUCGGGACAACAUUGUUGUCUUGAUGCAGGGGUUAUUGAAGAAUGAUCCUGAUACGCUCCCCGAAUCCCCGAAAUCCACACUCCAGGGGUUGAUGCAUAGCUAUGUCUCCAGACAUGGAAGACCCUCGAAGGGAACCGUUCUUCUCGCUGCCAUGACCCCGGGGGCAUUCCUACAGCUGGCCGAGGAUGGUGAUGAGCAAGAUGAUAAAACAAGCGAGAUGCAGAUGCUGGAAGUCUCGCGCCGUGAGGCGCAAAAGACUGUCGCAGAAGAUGCGCGAGGCUUAGCGAGGCUCUGGCAAUCGCUGUUUGUUUAUGGCUACUAUUAUAUAUAUGAUCCGAUUGCGACGGGCUUCCGAUUUGUUCAUUUAGUUGUAAUCUUCCUCCCCGUCAUCCUUGCGGCUCCGACUCUAUGCUUUGGAAGGCGACUGAAGGACCGUGAGGGAAUACGGACAGGGACACUCUGGUGGUAUAAAUUUCUGGUCCGAUCCAUGGAACGUGCAGGUCCAGCAUUCAUCAAGCUCGGACAGUGGGCGGCCUCCCGUACUGACAUCUUCCCACCGGAACUAUGCGACAUCAUGUCAUCACUCCAUUCCAACGCCCCAGCACACUCAUUGCAUCAGACUAAAAGGACUAUAAGGAAAGCCUUCAACUGGUUGCCGUUCGAGGAUAUAUUCGAGGAAUUCCAAGAAGAACCCUUGGGGGUAGGCGCUAUCGCGCAGGUCUACAAGGCAAAGUUGAAACCUAACCUUGCGGGGACCGAUGACGACUUUAAUCUCCAACCGCACGGUUUACGAGACAAGGUCCGGAAGAAUGUCGGUGCAUUAGUCAAGAGCUCUCCCCAGCGGGUUCCGUCGUCUUAUGUGGCCAUCAAGGUGCUUCAUCCUAGGGUAGAACGCGUGAUACACAGGGAUUUGGAGAUCAUGUCGUUCUUUGCGUCUUUGAUCAAUGCUAUACCUACCUUGAAUUGGCUAUCAUUACCGGAUGAGGUUCAUCAGUUCGGUGAAAUGAUGAAAUUACAACUGGAUCUACGGAUCGAAGCAACCAAUCUCGUCUUGUUCCGUGAGAAGUUCAGGUCCCGGACCACGGCCUGGUUUCCAUACCCAUAUCUGGACUACUCUACCCGUGAGGUGUUGGUGGAGGAGUUUGCACAGGGCAUCCCCCUCUCAACUUUCCUUGACGUCGGUGGAGGCGUUUACCAGGAAGAAAUCGCCAACGAAGGCCUGGAUGCAUUCCUCCAUAUGCUAUUGAUCGACAACUUCGUUCAUGCGGAUCUGCAUCCCGGGAAUAUCAUGGUACGAUUUUACCGGCCGAGCGAACUGGACUUAUCACUGGGAAGCAAGUCUCGCGCAUCGGAUGCACCAACUGCGGCGGAGGUCGACGUUACAGAAUCCGUGCUCGCACGGUUGCGCCCGCAUGCCAAUGAUCGACGCGACUGGAAGAAAGCACUUGACAAGCUAAAUGCUGAAGGCUAUCGACCCCAGCUCAUAUUCAUCGAUACCGGCCUAGUGACUCAGUUGAACGAGCUCAAUCGGAGCAAUUUCAUCGAUCUGUUUCGCGCCAUUGCGGAGUUCGACGGGUUUCGAGCAGGCGAGCUCAUGGUUGAACGGUGCCGCCAACCGGAUGCAGUAAUUGACCCGUAUUAUUUCGCAUUGGGGAUGGAACACCUAGUGUUGAAUGUCAAGUCGCGCACGUUCGCCCUAGGUAGCGUCAAGAUCGGAGACGUACUAAGUGAGGUCCUAGCUUUGGUCCGAAAACAUCACGUUAGACUCGAGGGGGAUUUUGUCAACGUUGUCAUUUCGUGUCUUCUCCUUGAGGGGAUCGGACGCAACCUGGACCCCAACCUCGAUCUUUUCAAGAGUUCCCUCCCCAUUCUGCGGAAACUGGGGUCUAACACUACCUCCUUAAAAUCCGUCCGGUCGGGCGACAUGUCUAUGCUCCGUGUCUGGGUAGGACUUGAAGCGCGUGAACUGCUCCAAAGCAGUUUUGAAAGCGUCGAGAAAUGUAGGUUGUACAAGGAGCGAGAAACACAGAGCCGGGAAGUCGCAUUUUUCCCCCGCUUGUUCGAUGCCGAAGCACAUGUCCAGACGAGUUAUUGCCGCGAGGUGCGACAGAAGACCGGAGUUCGUUGCUAA